AUGCGCACAUCUUCCAAGGUCAAGCGCCUCUCUGAGCACGCGCACCUGACCUUGGGCGCCGAGGAAUGGUUGGGCGCGGCCCUGCAAGGGGAUUCGGCCCAAGUGCCGUAUUCAUUGCAUUCCCUGUGUGCCUCGAGCUCUUCGAGUGAGUCUGAGCAUGGCCAUGAGGGCUUGGGCGGCUUAGGGUCGCUGGAUGCCCUGAGCUUCGGGACAUCGGAGAAGUUCCGCGCCAAGGGGAAGCAUGCGGUGCUGGCCUACCUCCAGCGCCUGUCGCAGCAGAAUGCCGAGCUCCUGGCGCGCAUGGAGGCGCUGGAAACGAGGCAGCCCGAGCCGCGAGCGAAGCUGCGGACUCCGUCCGCACCCGCUGCAGCUCGUGAGGCCUCUGUGAGGCGAAGGCCGGGUGAGGAGCUGAGCCCAACGCCACUGCCCAGAGAAGCUUGCAGAGAUGUGGAGAGCCCCCUGGAGCUGCGGAGCACGUCGCAGAAGGACGCGGAGACCUGCACGCCGGUUUCCGCCUCUCUGGAGCAGCGCCGGGAGCUCCUCAAGAAGGCCCAAAGCGAGGCCCGCGCCCGCCCGGAGCCCGCGCUGGAGCAGCGCAGGGAGCUUCUGAAGAAGGCCCGCGACGACCACGCCCGCGUCCGUGCCGAAUUACGGCAGCAGGACAACGACCGGGGCCACUACAGCGACUGCGACCCCCUGAACUCCGAAGUGAAGAAGCUGCAGGAGGCGCGGAAGCUGCUUCGGAACCGACCCGAGUGA